GAGGCAGAUAGAGGCUCUCACAGUCUAAAUCCGCCGCUGACGAUCGAGAGAUUGCGAGAUUUUGGCAGCUUGAACCGACACCUCUCGCAUAGCGUUGCACACAGCGACAGGUGCCAAGUCGACGCAUGCGUCGCGUAGUUCUCGCUGCAGCGGCUGCACAUGCCUUGCAGCACGCACAGCGCCGGCAUCGAUCACUGAUCGUCGCGUCGUCGUCGAAGCGGUCGGUCAGCGAUCUGAUCGGGAAUCAGCACGGCGGCAAAUAUAAUUUCGACGGGAGCUACGUCGAAGGUGCGAGUGCCGGCGCCGACUACGGCCGGCGGCGCAAAGCGACCGUGCCGGCGGACGAGGCCUGGGCCGAGCCGACGCUCGAGCUCGCGCGCGGUGCUGCGUCAAUCGACGGCAUCGUCGAAGCGUGCGAUGCCAUCGUCGAAGACGCGGCGGCCGACGUCCUCGAGGUGACGAACGACGAGAUGGGCUGGGAGGCGGUCGUCUGCGAACUCGUCGGCCCGGGCGCAGACGCGUGGCGCGUCGCCGGCGCGGAGAGGGUCGGCACGUCGCUCAAGAGUCGUGCCACCACGGCCCUUCCUGUCGCGCGCGUCGCGGACACGGACGGCUGGGCGGCGGCAGUCGUAGUGUUCGAGGAUCGGACGGUUAGCAGGCCUCGGGUUUGGCCUCUAGGAGCCGAUUAAAUCUGUUCGAAAGCUAGCGGCCUGUAAGACACUAGCAAGCGGCAGC